AUGGAGCUCACUAGGUUCCUCGCCCUCCUGGCAGUUGUCCUGCCCGUUGCCUACGGUGCCCCCACACAGGCCGCAACCAGCCUCCAUCCCAAAAUCCUGGCCGCCAUGAAGCGUGAUUUGGGACUGGAGGCCGAAGAGGCCACUGCUCGUGUCGCCUUCGAGCACCAGGCCACCGAUGUCAUUGAGCAGCUGCGCACAUCGGCGGGUGACUCGUUCGCCGGCGCUUGGAUCUCCGAGGACGGCACCACGCUCAAUGUCGGCGUCACUGACGAAGCCUUGGCCGCCGAUGUGACCGCUGCUGGCGCCACGCCGGCGAUUGUGGCCAACAGCUUCUCAAAGCUUGAGCAGGCCAAGCAGGCACUCGACAACCUGGAUAUCGAGCAACCCGAGGCCCGCGACACGAGCUCGGCCGACUCGGGCAUCGCAUCGUACUACGUCGACAUUGCAGCUAACAAGCUUGUUCUAGAGGCACUCGCCGGCAGCACCGCUCAUGCCGAGGAGCUUGCCGCGAAGGUCGGCCUCACCGCGUCUGAGUUCGAGGUGCGAACCGUUGAGUCAAUGCCAUCAACCUUCGCCACAGUCUACGGAGGCGACGCCUACCUCAUUAACCGAGCUGCUCGAUGCUCUAUCGGGUUCGCGGUCACAACAGGCUUCGUUUCUGCUGGCCACUGUGGUACCGUUGGUAACACUGCCACCACUAGCAGCGGUGCGUCGCUGGGAACCUUCUCCGGUUCGGUCUUCCCAGGCAGCGCCGACAUGAGCUACGUCCGCACUGUCAGUGGAACCACCCUCACUGGCUACAUCGACGGCUACGGCCGGGGUAACCUGCCUGUGUCUGGCAGCACCGCGGCCGCCGUCGGAGCCAGCAUCUGCCGCUCUGGUUCUACUACCGGUGUCUACUGCGGCACAGUUGGCGCCCUCAGCGCAACGGUCAACUACGCCGAAGGACGUGUCACGGGCCUCACCCGAACCAGUGUUUGCGCCGAGCCCGGUGACUCCGGCGGCUCCUUCUACUCCGGCGCCCAGGCCCAGGGUGUCACCUCGGGAGGCUCUGGCAACUGCCGUUCCGGCGGCACAACCUACUUCCAGCCCGUCAAUGAGAUUCUUUCGACCUACGGCCUCACGCUGGUCAGGGCUUAA